GCCGUUUUAGUAGAUUGUUGUUUCUCUGUGGACCACACAUUUGAGCGAGUCUUCUUCAGUCUCCACCACAAUUCCUUUCACUCUCACCGCUUCGAAUUCAUGGAAACUGCUCACCCAUUGAUUCUGUUCUUCAACCGUCGUCAUGGCGUUGCUCGCUCUUCCGCAUUUAAUCCCUCACCGUCUCCGGCGGAAUCAUCGGAGGAACCAAUGCAGAUGUUGUUCGUCUUCGGCAACCAAUGAAGGUUCCACGGCGGUUGUAUGGUUUAAACAUGACCUUCGUGUUGAUGAUCAUCCUGGCCUCCUCGCUGCGUCCAAGCACAGUGCCGUCAUACCUCUCUACGUCCUCGAUCGUCGCAUUCUAUCGAGAUACACAACGGACACUUUAGAGCUAGCUAUUAUAGCUUUGGAAGACUUGAGAAAAACCUUGAAGAAGCAAGGAUCAAAUCUUAUGCUCAGAUACGGGAAUGCAGAAAAUGUCAUUGCAGAUCUUGUCAAAGAGGUACGAGCUCACUCUGUUUUUGUGGAAGAAGAGGUAGAAUACCAUCUGUGUAAUGUUUUGGACGGUGUUAAGAAAAAAUUGGAAGGCGUUUAUUUAUCUGGAGAAGGAAAACCACCGAGGAUUGUUUUUUGGCAGACUCCUUUUUACGAGAGCCAAAGUUUGACGGAUCUACCACAAUCUUGGGAAGAGUUUAAGAAACUAAAGCUGCCUAUCUCUUUGCCAGUUCCUGCAGCAAGAUUUUCAUCUCCAGGAAGUGAACUGCAAUGGGGUUCUUUGCCAACGCUCGAUGACCUAAAGGAUUAUUUGAAGGAAAGCUUAUGCGAGAAAGAAAAUAACUGGAGGGAAAUGGCACAGGCAUCUGCUGAAAGAGUAUUAAUGGAAAGGCUUGGUAAUUUGAAGGAAAGCAGUAUGGAGCCAAUUGUUGAUGGAAGUUUAGGGAAGAAGGUUGACAAUUCUGCUUUUGUCACAAGUAAAAGAGAUACUGUUGGAGGUGGAAAUGAGACUGUACUCAAUGCUCUAGCAGGAUACUUGAGAUGCAUAUCAUAUGAAAGUGGGAUGCUUCUGAUUAGGCCUGGAGCUUCAUUUUUCAAACUUUUUGGACCUGUCCUCUGUCUUGGUAUUGUAUCCAGAAGAAGUGUUCACUAUGAAGCAAUCGAGUAUGAAAAAGAAAGGAAUGCUGGAUUUAUUUCUCCCUUUGGAUAUUCAGCUGCCACCGUGUCUGCUGCAACCGAUACUGUGCGCUCUAUGGAGUGGUAUUAUCUCCUGGCUCUAAAUAGAGAGAGGAUUGAUGAAAAAAGGCUCGCCAUAAGGAUUUGGAGAUGGAAGGGAUAUCUUAUUCAGUACACAGUGGUUGGUAAUGAAGGCCCUGCCGUUCUUCUUGUGCAUGGCUUUGGUGCUUUUCUAGAGCAUUACCGCGACAAUGUAGACAACAUUGCAAAUAGCAAAAACCGAGUAUGGACCAUUACAGUCUUGGGUUUUGGAAAAUCAGAAAAGCCAAAUAUCAUUUACACCGAGCUUUUGUGGGCCGAAUUGCUGCGGGAUUUUAUGAUUGAAGUAGUUGGGGAACCAGCACAUUGCGUAGGGAACUCAAUCGGUGGGUAUUUCGUUGCAUUAAUGGCCUUUCUUUGGCCGGCCUUGGUUAAGUCUGUCGUCCUUGUUAACAGUGCUGGCAAUGUGGUACCUGGAUACUCUCUUCUCCCAAUCUCUAGAGAAAGGCGAGUUCCAUUUGGUGCACAACUGGGUGCUCGACUUCUUCUCUUUUUCCUACAAUUCAAUGUCAAAAAGCUAUUAAAGGAUUGUUAUCCAGUUAACCCUGCGAGAGCUGAUGACUUUCUCGUCACUGAAAUGCUAAGAGCAUCUCGAGACCCCGGUGUGGUUAUGGUCCUAGAAAGUAUCUUCGGCUUUGAUCUUUCGCUUCCUUUGAAUUAUCUCCUCAAAGGGUUUGAGGAAAAAACUCUAGUAAUACAGGGGAUGAAAGAUCCCAUAUCGGAUCCGCAGAAGAAAGUGGCCUUACUGAAGGAGCUUUGUCCAGCGAUGGUAAUUAAGCAAGUUAAUGCAGGUCACUGUCCCCACGAUGAAAUCCCAGAAGAGGUAAAUCCGAUUAUCUGCGAAUGGAUAGUGAAGGCCACUAGUGAUGAUCAAGAAGAACUAAAAGCCUCAUCAUCCCAGCAAAUUUGCCACAUUAAGGAAAUCGCAGACAAGUGGAGGAAGAAGACGACGAAGAAGAUGUGGAGACGCGUGGCUCUACUUUCUCCGAUGAUUUCUUCAUCAUCGCGAUCCCUUACGCUUAACCAGGCAGCUUCUGGGCUCAAAGUUGGGGAAUCUUUUGCAACAGACAUAAUUAAACCGGAAGAACGAAUUUUACCGCCGAAAGAGAAAGCUCCAUUUAUUACAUUUGUACUAGGAGGUCCUGGAAGUGGAAAAGGUACACAAUGCGAAAAAAUUGUUGAGACUUUUGGAUUGCAACAUCUAAGUGCUGGAGAUUUGCUCAGGAGGGAAAUCGCAAUGCACACGGAAAAUGGGGAUAUGAUUCUGAACUUGAUUAAAGAUGGGAAAAUUGUACCUUCAGAAGUUACAGUAAAACUAAUACAGAAAGAGCUGGAAUCGAGUGACAGUCGCAAGUUUCUCAUUGAUGGCUUUCCACGAACUGAGGAGAACCGUGUUGCAUUUGAGCGCAUAAUAAGAGCAGACCCUGAUGUAGUACUGUUCUUCGAUUGCCCUGAAGAAGAGAUGGUGAAACGCGUCUUGAAUCGUAAUCAGGGCCGAAUUGAUGAUAAUAUAACUACAAUGAAGAAGCGUCUGAAAAUCUUCAAUGCCUUAAAUCGUCCUGUCAUUGACUACUACAAAAAUAAAGGAAAACUCUACACUAUUAACGCAGUAGGAACAGUAGAUGACAUAUUCCAACAUGUUCUACCUAUUUUCAAUUCAUUUGAGCAAUUGAAGGAGAGUAGUCAUGUAAAUCCACAAUCCCAUCUCGGUCCGAGUUUGGUAGAAAAUUCAUCUUGACAAAAUACGACCAGUCUGAAAUUUGUUCAUUACUCUUGAAUUUUGAUGCAUUAUAUGCAAUUCGCAUUGCAUCUUUUUGUUUGUUGUACUUUGUAGUAGUAUCAUAAGGUAAACAAACGAAAAAAAGAACC